AUGUUUGCUUCCGAACCCCCUUGGAGAAUGCAGUACAAAAUGAACUUUGCCGGGGAACGGAUCUCCAACGGCCACCGGCCAACACGGCCAUACAAGCCGUCAAGCAGGGUCCCAGAGGGCCAGGUUGACCCCGAGGAGCUCAGCCGCAGGUUGUAUGUCGUGUUGGCGGAGCAAAAGGCGUUGGCCGAACGGAAACGGAGACACCGCGGUGAGGUGCCGGCCCGGAAGGAUGUCGUGGCCCAUCUCACGAGUAGCCGGCGUCGGGAAGCCGCACGCACGAAGCCCGCUGAACCACCGACCGAUUCCGCCACGGACCUAGGGAAGACGGUGUCUGCCACCUCGCGAAAUGCACCACGGACGGGAGGCGAGGCAACAGUCCCAGCCGCGGCCCAGCAGGAGCCGUAUCACCAUGUCCCGCAAGAAGCCGCCAAGCAGUUCACACGGACAACCACGGUCGACAACAUGCGCGACAGCAGCCUGGUCCACAAACUCUCCAAGAACGCCCUCAAAUUCCACCUAGACGGCGGCCGUCAAGCGCGCCCCGCGGGCAACACCAACAACACCAACCCCAACACCAACCCCCAGGAACCCCCAGCCGCCAUCGCUCCGGCUGAGCUGACCCGCGCCCUCCAACAAACCCAAGCCGAGCGCGAACGCCUCCUAGACCGCAACCAAUUCCAGCGGACCAGCGCUCUCGAAGACGCCGCGCGUCAGGACCAGCACGCCCCGCCCGCCCCCAAACAACAACACACUUUCCAAGGCGAACUCGCCCGUAUCUUGCCUCGUAGCAACAGCACCAAGCAUCAGAACCACUCCCGCCGGUACAGCACAGGCACCACGGCCGAUAUCCUCGCUCACUCCAGCACUGCCGAUUCCAACCGUGUCACCACCAGGGGCCCAGGGACAGGACCAAACCCGAACGCCUACGCCCGCCACUCAUACAUGGCGCCCGAUACACUAACCAUGGAUACCCUCCUUGAAGACGCCGCUCUAGCCCAACAUCCCGAGUGCCUCCAUCACCACCAGCAACAAUCACAAGAGACAACAACAACAGCAGCAGACGACAACCUCACCCGCUUCCCCCCACCAGACAGGGCCAGGACAGACUGGACACAGCGUGACUCUGCCACGGCAGCGGCGAGCGAGAGACAGUGUUCACCCCCCCUCCUCCCUCAACAACCUCUCAAUCAACCCCCUCUCCUCAGCCACAACCUCCCUCCUCACCUUCUCAAUCCCAUUCACACCCUGCCGCUCGCCACUCUCCAACUUCCGCUGCUCCCGAUCCCGAUUCAGCAACAACUUGACCAACUCACAAAACUCACGCACCCCAUCACCCGUAUCACUCGGAUCCGUCCUAGCCCGCCGGAGCGCUUCGGCACCGCGACGCAGGCCGAUGUCGCGCGACCAGGGUUGGGGGGUGUUGUUGUUGGCGACGGAACAACUGGUUAG